AUGGUCGAUGAUCAUGGGGGUGCAGAUCAGGAAUACACUGCCUGCACACUCCUGACCAUCUUGCAGAAGCAUUUCAGCUUGGGACAACCCAUACAAGCCCAUGCAGCAUGUGAGGCUCUAUGUUCCUAUAUGGUCGACAUGAGGAAUGUUACUAAGUUUGUUCAGUGGUGGUGUUUGACUGUUCUCUCACUCCAUGCAGAGUGCUACCCCCUCAUUUAUUUUGACAUGGCAUUGAACUUCAUGUGUAACCUGCCUGAAGAUGGUGGUUGGUACCUCCCUCUUCAACAGGAGAUGACCAGGGACUGUGGGCAAACUUCAGACAGUAUUGACUUUGGCUACCUUGAUGCUCUGAUGGACAGGGUUAUUGAUCUCGACAUCCAGUGGCACCUUUUGAAGGGUUCCAAUCAUUCGAAUUGGAGGAAGUGUGAUGUGUGCAGCCAGCAGAGUCACACCAUGGAGCAACAUGAUCCAUCGAAGCAAUGUCCUGUCAAGUCAGUGCCUAAUGGUCAUCCUCCUAAUCAUCAACCAGGUCAUCCUCCAGACAAGUCCUACAAUACACCUCGUGCUGACUAUGCUGAUACUAUAUUAGGAUCAUGCCAAUAG